AUGGACCGCCGCACGCUGGUAUCCGAGAAACCCUCAGCGCCGUUGGCCGGAUUUAAACGAACUUCGGACAAUGGCCAAGAUCCGACAUCGAAGCGCCUUCGCUCUACGUACGGCCAAAGAAACAAGAGAGCGACGCAGUCUGUAUCUGAAAAAUCUGUUACAACGCCGCCACGAACAUUCCGUACUCUAGGAGCUAUGAGGCUUGGAAACGCGUCCCCAACGUCAGAAUCAGUCGAUUUCCUCACACCUGUAUGGCGCAAGAUUCGAGACCAAGUUGACACGCCGAAGAAGAAUAUCGAUAUCGAGCACGAGUUAUUAAAUUCGCUUCCGCCCGACAUGAUUGAAGAGCUAAAUGCGGUUCGACGGCAUGUGCCCAGCGAACCAUAUCGCAUCUAUGAAGCAAUAUUUCACUGGCUACACCGACUGCUGCAUUCAACCACACCUCAGGGAAAGCAUCCCCGCGGACGUCUCUCGCCAUCUGCGCUUUCAUCGCGAGCUUUCUCUGGUUUCUGGAUAUCUAGCCUCGAAGGGCUGACUUCAGGAAAUGCCAAACAGCAUAUUAUCGAAUUUACGUGUUCAGCUAUAUGGACCCUUGCUCGAGGCUACAGGCCUAAAACUGCAGAGUGCGAUGCCAUAGAGCAGGCUCUAAUCCGCAUUGCGGCUGGUUUAGCGGUCGCGGCGCUAACUUUGGAAUCACAAAUUAUACCUGGAGAACAGGAACAGAGACUAUCGGCGUGGAGGCGGCUCGUUUAUGUACUUGAUCGUAGCAUCUCACUCAUUGCACGGUACAAGAGUCGAAAUAGCCCCCAGGACAAUGCCUCAUUUCUGCUCGUCCUCGCCCGCUAUAUUGCGGUGGCCAACUCAGAGCUGGCAAAUAUCGGAUUUAGAAGACGGGUUGCUGAGAACUUUGAAAACAUGGCUCACAAAAUCGAUACCGAAGCUAAUAACGGUAAACAGUAUCAGCAGACAAUCAUCCUUCUAUGUACCAUUAUCCAGUGUCGCAGGCGCAGUGGCUCAGCCUCUGGCCAACAAAUAUUGGCUGAUCUUUGUUCAAAGCUGAAUCAUGAGAAACUGCCCGACUGGUUUGGACAUGGACUGCGAAAAGAUCUUGCCUUUAUGCUAGCUCAAAAGACUGAAGAUCUUCGUGAUCUGAACUUUGCGGAGAAUCUGUCUAUGACCGCUCCUGCCGAUCCAAAAUUCAGCACGAUUUUCUCCGGCUGGCGGUGGGAAGAAGGGAUUAGUGAAUGGGUAUUGCCUACUAGCCCUCAGCGAAGAACAGCAGCCAGUAGAAGUGCCACGGCUGCCAAGGCCACAAGUCUCAGCGAUGUUGAAAAUGAUCGAUACUUGGAGGACAGCGAAGAAGAGAUGCAUUUCGAGGGGCCUCACAGAAGAGACGUAGAGUCUCUGCUCGCAACAUCAACCGGCCAGAAAGCUCUAGACUAUGCUAUACAGGCGGCCGAGCUGUAUAUGCGAGCAGCUGCUGAGAAGGGGAUCAGCAAAGAGGAAGCAGCUCGGUUUCGCCGCAGAUGUCAGCAGCUCAUCAAACUCGCCGAACAGCUCAAAGCUCAGGUACCAGCCUCUUCGCCGCCGCCUGUGAAGAAUGGCCUGGGUCUCCUGCAGGGCGCUUCACGACUUCACGGUAACUUUUACCCGCCUUGGAGUGAAGACCCUCUGGGAGCUGAGUUCCAACUCGGGCCUGACUUGAAACCAUUCAUAUGUGGACAACAACCGGCUUUCAUAGAUCUUGUUCUGACAGAAUCCAGUGAUGAUACCGUCUUUCCGCUUUCUGAAGACCAAGAGGCCAAUUUUUUAGCAUGGCACAGGCCGCAUGAGCUAUUUGGUCCUUUCCCUGCCGAUCAAGAUGAUAGUCUUAUGACACAGAGCGCGCGGCUCGACUUGGUGCAGGACAUUACUACCGAUUGCUCAGUCGUCGCCAGCCUUUCUGCCGCUGCAAAGAUUUGGACCGGGAAGCAUGCAGUCCUCUCUACGAUCAUGCAUCCAUUUGACCACGAAAGGGGGCAGCCCAGGCUAUCUCCCGCUGGGAAAUACAUAUUCCGGCUAAACUUCAACGGCUGUGCUCGUAGAGUCACCAUAGAUGAUCGACUGCCCGCUUCGGGUACAGACCGGGCGCUCUUUGUUAUCAAUCGACACCAGCCUUGUCUGCUAUGGCCGGCGCUGCUCGAAAAGGCUUAUCUCAAAGUAAGAGGUGGCUAUGAUUUUCCAGGUAGCAAUUCGGGGACUGAUCUCUGGGUUCUCACUGGUUGGAUACCAGAACAGUUAUUUCUCCAGAGGGAAGCAUUUGAUAUAGACGAGACGUGGGACAGAAUCAAAACAGCUUAUGAAAUGGAGAAUGUCAUCAUUACUCUUGGUACUGGCCACAUCUCUGCCGAAGAAGGAGACAUCAUGGGUCUCAUAGGGGAGCACGAUUAUGCUGUGCAAGAUAUUGACUCGUUGAGUCGUAAAUUUCUAGUUAAAAACCCUUGGAGGCCUAGGUUCGAUACACCCUCCUCCUCUGAAAAGGAUAGUGGCGAUGCCGGCUCGCCGUCGGCUGGUACCUUUUGGCUCUCUAUUGAAGAUAUCGCUCAGCAUUUCGAGUCCAUGUAUCUCAAUUGGAAUCCGGCCUUGUUUACCCACCGUCAAGACCGCCAUUUUACUUGGGACAUUCCCACUAAAGAUCUUGCGGCAUCUUUGGUGCGGAAUCCGCAAUUCUCAAUCACUUCGCAGGCCGGGGCAGUGGUAUGGAUCUUACUGAGCCGCCAUUUUGCAAAUGCCGAACUUGAGAUUGCUCGCAAUAAAUCUGGCUCUCUAGCAGCAGUGGCUAGCCAACUUGGAUUUAUGAGCAUUCUAGUCUUCGACAAACAAGGAUACAAAGUUCAGCUUAGCGAUGGGCCGACCUACUCCGGGCCAUUGGUUGACUCCCCACAAACACUUGCGCGGAUUGAAAGCAGGCCUGGUAAAGCAUACACCGUUGUUAUCGAUCAACAGGACUUGGCUUUGGCCAGCUAUACCUUUACGCUAUCUGUCUUUGCCAACGGACCAGUUGAUGUUCAAGAAGCCAGAGAGAAGAUGAGAUACUUUACAGAACAACAGGGUACCUGGAAUAGGCGAAACGCGGGAGGAAAUUCGGGCUGCACUACUUAUUUUCUAAACCCCCAGUAUAAACUGUCGGUCUCUCGCGCCACCCCCAUAUCCGCUCUGCUGGCCACGAGCAAUAAAGACGUUCACGUACAUAUUGACCUGAUUUGGGCGCGAGGGAAGCGUGCAAAUACAGUUAGGAGGAAAGACUUGGUCGUUUCAUCGGGGGAAUAUCGUCGCGGCUGCGCCUCUGCUGAGCUUGAGAUGCUUGAAGCGGGCGAUUACACUCUGGUUUGCUCGACUUUUGAAGCACAGCAGACUGCUGAUUUCACAUUACGGUUUGGCUCUACGACACCGGUGACCAUAGAGCCCAUACCGGCUGAUACUGCAGGAAAACUACGGACGCCUUUACCACCAUUCACUUUGAGAGGAGAGGGGCAUUGUUGGAGGGCAUCCCUUGAUGCGACGUGGGUAACUCGAGCUAUUGCCUCUUUCCAAAGCUCGAUACCUUUGUCGGAAUCUUUGCAUUAUGACACCCAUUCCCUGCCAGCUUUGCUGGUCCGAAUAUCGAUUGUCAAGGUCCCAGAAGGGUCAAGGCGUAUUCUGGUAGAAUCAAAGGGCGGCGUGGAAGACUCUGGAGCAGUUAUUCGAACACCUGAAUUCGAUAUUGAGUCGUCUAGUACGAGUCAUGGCCGCAUGUAUCUGGUUAUUGAGAGCUUGUGGGAGCAUCGGGCAGCGCAAGAGCUUUGCGGCGAUAUAUUUAGCGAUUCUCCCAUCCAGAUCGGCAAUUGGGAGGCCUUUUGA